CGCCUCCCCUCGGAACCCCUACUCUGCUGCCCCCAAUCCCCUCCCAUCGCCUCCCCUCGGAACCCCUACCCCGCCGCUCCAAAUCGGCAGAUCCCCCACUUCUCCUCGUCCUUUAUUUCUCUCCCUUACCCCCGGCUCUCCCUCGAGACCCUUUCCUCUCCCCCCUGCAGCCAUCGCAUCCCAUCCGAUAGAGGAGAAGAGAAGAGAGAGAGAGGGGUGUUCUAAUGGCGUCGGGCUCGGGGGCGGCGGAGGCGGCGGAAGGGCCGGUGCUGAGCCUCAUAAGCAAGCGGCUUCGGGCUCUGCGGAAGAAGCACAACCGCAUCAUCCAGAUGGAGGAGAGCCAGGCCCAGGGAAAACCCCUCAACAAGGAGCAGGAGGAGCUCCUCCGCUCCAAGCCUGCAGUCACAGCCCUCAUCGAUGAGCUCGAGAAGCUCCGCUCCCCCCUCGUCGCCGCCCUCCACGACGAGCUCUCCCGCUGCCCCUCUCCGCCGCCCCAAGACCCCCCCACUCCCCCUCCCCUGGCCGUCGCCGCCGAGCCCAACGACAAGGCCGUCGAAGACAUCCUCGCCUUGCUCUAUUUCGGCUGCCUCUUCGAUAUCAGGCCGCAAGGCGAGUUCACCUCCAUGAUGCUCACCCGGACGCACGAGCGGGACUGCUGCUUGACGUAUGAUUAUGUGACCGACGACGCCACCGAUUUGCUCGGGGAGCGCGACCUCGACGCGAUCUCGGCGCUCGGCUCACUCGUGACCUCGAGGCCGGCCUAUUCCGGGGUCUCCCACAAGAACGCGCUUCUGGGAUGCGUCCAGCACGCCAAGCUCUGGCUUCAGAAGUCCGAUCAGCCCAUCCAUUCGGGAGAAUCCGAAACCUAUGCUGGGUUGAGGGAGAAAUUGAACAAGAUUAUGGCGUCGGACUACUUCACCACGACCCCAGAGAUGAAAGCUCCGGUAGAUGUGGCUGCGGCUGUGGGGAAGUUCAGCGCGACUAGCCAGGUGCAGAUUUCUGAGACCACCAUGGUGGCAUCGCCGUCUGCCCAAACUGAAGGUUCCCCAACACAUCAUCAGCACAAGGAGGACGAGCAACAGGAUUUUCAAGCAACAGAAGUCCAUCCUAAUCAUCAGUCUACUCCUGUUGAUGAACCUCCAAAGAUGGAUGAGGCAGACACGCUAAACCCAUCAGGGGACAUUGCCUCUGCCCCACAGGAGCAGCAGAAACUGGAAGCAGAUGUGGAGGAACAGAUCCAAAGAGAUCCAGAGCCGAAGGAUCGACAACACAUUUCACGGAGGGGUUACCCGAGCCAGAGAGGUGGAAGUCGUGGCGGUGGCAGUGGCGGUGGGGGCAGGAGAGGCUAUCCAAAUGGUCGUGGUGGUCGUGGCCGAGGUGGGGGUGGUGCUUACCAAAAUGGGCGGAGCCAGUAUUAUGAGCCUGGAUACUAUCCAAGAAACUACUAUAACUCCAGGGGAAGGGGAGGUCGGUCUGGUGGUUCAUCCAUGUACAACGGUCAUGGAGGAGGACCUUAUGGUGGUCAUGUCCCUGCAAAUGUUGAACUGGGCGCAAGCACCUAGUUUCAUGUCUGAUGUGCCAGGAAUAGACUUCAUUUUGAGAUCUCUAUCCAAUCUGAAGAAAAUCUGAAUUGUGACACCCUCAAUUGUUUCAAAGAUACUAAUUUAAUAUCACCAUGUGGGGGUCCUGCUUAUAUUAUGAACUAUAGAUGGUUGCAUAUAAUUUAUAUAGGCAAAUGGCUGUAGAAGGGAAACAGAGGCUUCCUAGUUGUUGGUAACUGUUUUAUUUCUCUGCAUGGACAUGCUUGCUUUGUGCCGCACUCUGAUCGGCUUGAGUAGUCUUCAUCUUUCUUUUUAUACCGGAAAUGAGGGCGCAAAAUCCUGCAGCUUAAUUGGCAUGGAGUUUAUGAUGA